GGGAUGAAGAAAGAAGAGCUCCCAGGGCCUUGGCUGGGCACCAUCGCAGGGCACUGACCCCUGGCAGAUCCCUCUCCUCCUUGCCGCAGGUCCUUAGGAACCAGCCUUGGAGCGGGGGUUCAACCCCCAGACCUCCAGAAAUGACGUCAGAAUCCUUUGCAUCCCGCUGCCUCUACCUGCCCUGUCCGGCUGGGACCCUGCCUCGCCGGCCCCAUGGCCAGAGGGUUGGAGGGGCGCUGCCCGGUGACCUACACAGACUGAGACAGGAUCAGGAUCGCCAUGAAUGGAGACCUCUGGAAAAGCUCUGGAGCCGAGGCCCAGGGGGCCCACCGGAGGCCCACGGGGAGACCCUGGGAGGGGGCUGAACCACAGCCUCCCCACAGCCCCCCAAAGCCCAGGUUUUGGAAGGGAGCUGGGGGCUUCCCAUCUCCUUUUGCAGGGGAGGGCUGUCAGUUGGCGGAGUGCGUACUGGGGGCACCUCAGCCCCCGCCGGCUAGCCCCACAUCACCACCACCACCACCCCCCCCCCAGCAGCACCACCACCACCACCACCACACACACAAAAAAAUUGGAUACAUUUUGAAUAAAGCGAUUCGGUUCCUUAUCCGGGGACUGGGUUGCUCCGUGUGAUUGGCCGGCGGAGUCACAUGGUGAAAGUAACUUUACAGGGUCGCUAGCUAGUAGGAGGGCUUUAUGGAGCAGAAAAACGACAAAGCGAGAAAAAUUAUUUUCCACUCCAGAAAUUAAUGAUCAUGAGCUCGUAUUUGAUGGACUCUAACUACAUCGAUCCGAAAUUUCCUCCAUGCGAAGAAUAUUCGCAAAAUAGCUACAUCCCUGAACACAGUCCGGAAUAUUACGGCCGGACCAGGGAAUCGGGAUUCCAGCAUCACCACCAGGAGCUGUACCCACCACCGCCUCCGCGCCCUAGCUACCCCGAGCGCCAGUAUAGCUGCACCAGUCUCCAGGGGCCGGGCAAUUCGCGAGGCCACGGGCCGGCCCAGGCGGGCCACCACCACCCUGAGAAAUCACAGCCGCUCUGCGAGCCGGCGCCUCUCUCAGGCGCCUCCGCCUCCCCGUCCCCAGCCCCGCCAGCCUGCAGCCAGCCAGCCCCUGACCAUCCCUCCAGCGCCGCCAGCAAGCAACCCAUAGUCUACCCAUGGAUGAAAAAAAUCCACGUUAGCACGGUGAACCCCAAUUAUAACGGAGGGGAACCCAAGCGCUCGAGGACAGCCUACACCCGGCAGCAAGUCCUGGAAUUAGAGAAAGAGUUUCAUUACAAUCGCUACCUGACCCGAAGGAGAAGGAUCGAGAUCGCCCACUCGCUGUGCCUCUCUGAGAGGCAGAUCAAAAUCUGGUUCCAAAACCGUCGCAUGAAAUGGAAGAAGGACCACCGACUCCCCAACACCAAAGUCAGGUCAGCGCCCCCGGCCGGCGCUGCGCCCAGCACCCUCUCGGCAGCCACCCCGGGCACUUCUGAAGACCACUCCCAGAGCGCCACGCCGCCAGAGCAACGGGCAGAGGACAUUACCAGGUUAUAAAACAUAACUCACACCCUGCCCCCACCCCGUGCCCCCGUCCUCCCCUCACACACAAAUUGACUCUUAUUUAUAGAAUUUAAUAUAUAUAUAUUUUUUGGUUCUUUUCUCUCUUCCUCCCACCUUGUCCCUUGUCAAUUCCAAACUGACAAAACAGAUAAACAAGCCCUCUGCCCUUGUCUCCCUUCCACUGUUAAGGACCCUUUUAAGCAUGUGAUGUUGUCUUAGCAUGGUACCUGCUGGGGUUUUUGUUGUUGUUGUUGUUGUUGUUUUUAUUUUUUUAAGGUCAUUUUGGGGGGUUAUUUAUUUUUUAAGAAAAAAGCUGCAAAAAUUAUAUAUUGUAAGGUGCGAUGGUCUGGUUUGGGUGAAUUUCAGGGGAAAUGAGGAAAAGAAAAAAGGAAAGAGAUUUUUAAGCCAAUUCUCCUCCUUCUCCUCCUCCUCCUCCUCCCCCCCCCCCCCUUUCCUUAGGCCUUUUGCAUUGAAAAUGCACCAGGGGAGGUUAGUGAGGGGGAAGUCAUUUUAAGGAGAACAAAGCUAUGAAGUUCUUUUGUAGUAUUGUUGGGGGGGCUGAGAGGAGAGGGGGGACGACAGCAGACAAAGCUAAAUGCAUCUGAAGAGCCUCUCAGAGCUGUUCAGUUUGAGGAGCCAAAAGAAAAUAAAAAUGAACUUUCAGUUCAGAGAGGCAGUCUAUAGGUAGAACCCCCCCCCCCCACCCCACCAUCGUGGUUAUUGUGUUUUUGGACUGAAUUUACUUGAUUAUUGUAAAACUUGCAAUAAAGAAUUUUAGUGUCGAUGUGAAAUGCCCCGUGAUCAAUAAUAAACCAGUGGA